GGCACGUACACUGCGACACAACUUUCCUUGGUGUCCAAGGCACGAAAACUUCUGUAGCAAGCUGUCGCUUAUCCACAAUAUUAUUAUACAGCACCCGACAAUUGCCACUUACAAAUUUAGCACAAAUCUUCAUCGAUUUUCUAUUAUUUGGAAGCAGAGGCCAGUUACUACUAAAUAAGCGUCUUCGUCAAUGCGAGUCUCAUUUCUCAUCUCGGUAUUUGUGUUGUUAUCGACGAUUUCUUUCCUGAUGGCGGAACCCGUCGGUGUUUCAGUACCCGGCUCUGGCGAGGAUGGCGCCGUCCACAUCGUUUAUGUUGAUCGCCCGGUGGAGGAAGAGCCGGAGGCUUUCCACAUCCGCACCCUUGCCUCGGUCGUUGGGAGCGAGGAUGCGGCAAAGGAGGCGCUGAUCUACCAUUACAAGCACGCUGCGAGCGGGUUUUCUGCUAAGCUGACGCCGCAGCAGGUUGCUGAUUUGUCGCAGAAGGCAGAGGUUCUUCAGGUGGUCAGGAAUCUACAACUCCAUUCUGGCACUGCUGCUGCCGACCGCCGUAAGAAUUUAGUGUGAAACUUUUCAGUGGUGUUAUUACGAAUACAAUGAUGCCAUCGUAUAGUAUUUUAAAUAUGUUUUAUGUACUGUUAUUUGAUGAACCUUCUCAGCGUGCUCCUAAGUUUCUUGAAUAUUUCAGAACAUAUGGUCAUUACCAAGUAUGCAUUAGUAAUUCAAACUGUUUGAAUCACAAUCAGAGAAUGUCCUCAUGUAUCUUAAAAUUGUUCAAUCGAGUUGCAUGAUUUUUCUUUAAACAAUGUUAAAUUGGCCUUCUCCA